AUGGCGGAACUGUAGACGUCGGGACGAGCAAGAGUGCACCGCCCGUCCUCAUUUCGGAAUUGUAUAUAGUUAUUUAUUUAUUCAUUCACCAAACUUUUUCCUCCCCCCUACCCGCAAUGACCCGCUGGAUCCCAACUAAAAAGGAGAAAUACGGCGUCGCAAUCUACAAUUAUGAUCCCAGAGGUGAGCCGGAGCUGUGUCUGCAGGUGGGGGACACUGUGCACAUACUUGAGACAUUUGAAGGCUGGUAUAGGGGCUACACACUACGGGAUAAAUCACAAAAGGGCAUUUUCCCAGCUUCCUACAUCCACUUAAAGGAGGCCACAGUCGAGGGAAUAGGCCAGCAGGAAAUAAUUAUCCCAGCAGAUUUACCCCUGGUGCAGGAGCUGGGGGCGACUCUAAGGGAAUGGGCACAGAUAUGGCACAAGCUCUAUGUGACCAACAAGACGACCCUAUUCAGGACCGUUCAGCAGAUGGCCUACAGCCUCAUCGAAUAUCGAUCUCAGAUAGUGUCAGGAACGCUGCCCAAGGAUGACCUUGUCGAGCUCAAAAAGAAAGUCACAGCUAAGAUUGAUUAUGGAAACCGGAUUCUGGGAUUGGACCUGGUGGUGCGAGAUGAAGCAGGAAACACGCUGGACCCAGACUGCACGAGUACGGUCAGUCUGUUCCGGGCCCAUGAAACUGCCUCCCGCAGUAUUGAUGACAGGAUACAGGAGGAGAAGACGCGGCUACAAAACCUUGAAAUGAGGCGUCAGUCCCUGUUCAGCACCGUGCACACCUACAGUCUCCUCAUGAACCUGAAAAACUUUGUGUGCAACAUUGGGGAAGAUGCUGAGCUGCUCAUGUCUCUCUACGACCCCGACCAGUCCGAAUUCAUCAGUGAGAACUUCCUGGUACGCUGGGACAGUAUGGGCAUGCCUAAAGAAAUCGAGAAACUCAACAAUCUGCCUGCACUUUUCACGGACCUGAGCAGCAGUGAUUUGAUCAGACAGCGGCUCUUCCUGGUGUGUCAGAUCAUCAGAGUGGGCUGCAUGGAGCUCAAAGAGGGGAAGAAACACACUGGAGGACUGAGGAGACCAUUUGGUGUGGCUGUGAUGGACAUAACAGAUAUCGCCCAUGGGAAAACAGACGAUGAGGACAAACAGCAUUUCAUCCCUUUUCAGCAGAUAGCCAUGGAAACUUACAUCCGUCAGAGGCAGCUCAUCAUGUCUCCACUCAUCCCAUCGCGAGUCAUAGGAGAGAACGAGCCCCUCACUGCUGUCUUCAAUAAAGUCAUUGCCACUCGGGAGGUCAAUCACAAAGGCCAGGGGCUAUUUGUGACCCUGAAACUCCUACCUGGGGACCUUGCCCAGGUCAGGAAGGACUACCCCCACUUUGUGGACCGCACCACUGCAAUCGUUAGGAAGAUGGGCUUUCCAGAAAUCAUCCUCCCAGGAAACGUGAGGAACGAUAUAUAUGUGACCUUGCUGCAGGGAGAGUUUGACCGUGGUAAAAAGAAGACGCCUAAAAAUGUGGAAGUCAUCCUGAGUGUGCAUGAUGAUGAAGGCAAUCCCAUGGAGAAAGCGAUAUUUCCUGGGGCCGGGUAUGAUGGGAUCACAGAGUACAAGUCUGUAAUUUACUACCAGGUUAAGCAGCCUUGUUGGAAUGAAACAGUGAAGGUGACAAUUCCCAUUGAAGAUGUGUGCCGCUGUCACCUGAGGGUGAUGUUUCGACACAGAUCAUCCCAGGACUCCAGGGACAAAUCGGAGAAGCCCUUUGGCAUGGCCUUCGUACGCCUCAUGAAAGGAGACGGGACCACACUGAAAGACGGCAGGCACGACCUUAUCGUCUAUAAGGUUGACGUGAAAAAGGCAGAGGAUGCAAAGGUUUAUCUCACCUUGCCAGGAACCUGGGCUGAAGUGGAGGAGAAGGAGAAGCAAACGGGGAAGCAGUUCCACCACUCAGGAGUGAUUCCUAUGACUAAAGACAGCUUCCAGAUCGCCACACUCACCUGCUCCACUAAGCUCACGCAGAACGUGGAUCUGCUUGGCCUGUUAAACUGGAGGUCAAACCCUGAGGCUCUGGACCAGAUCCUGCAGAGACUAAUGGAGGUUGAGGGAGGAGAGAUUGUCAAAUUUCUCCAGGACACUCUAGAUGCCCUUUUCAACAUCAUGAUGGAGACCUCAGAAAAGGACACUUAUGAUACCCUGGUGUUCAAUGCCUUGGUAUUUAUAAUCACACUGAUUGGUGACAUCAAGUUCCAGCACUUCAACCCAGUCCUGGAAACCUACAUCAACAAGCACUUCAGUGCAACUUUGGCGUACAUGAAGCUCACUCGGGUCCUGAACUACUAUGUGAGCCACGCCGAGGAGCCUGUCCUGACAGAGAGGCUCUACUCAGCACUCAAAGCCCUCAAGUACCUGUUCAGGUUCAUCGUACAGUCCCGGGUCCUCUACCUAAGAUUCUAUGGGAACAGCGAGGAUGGGGAUGCUUUCUUCAACUCGAUCCGCACCCUCUUCCUCUCCUUCAACACUCUCAUGGACAGACCCCUUGAUGAGGGAGUGAAGAUAAAGGGGGCAAUAUUGAAGUACCUCCCCAGCAUCAUUAAUGACAUCCAGACUAUCUUUGAUCCUGUGGAGCUCAGUGUUCUCCUCACCAAGUUUAUUGAGAGCAUCCCAGACUCCCAGCUUGUGCGUCAGAAGUUGGGCUGCAUGUGUAAAAUGGUAGAGAGUGACCUUUUCAAGCAGCCAGAUUGCCGAGAUGUCCUUUUACCGCUUCUCACCGACCAGCUGAGUGGGCAGCUGGAUGAUCACUCAACUAAGCCAGACUACGAGGCCUGCGUCCAGCUGCUUAGCACCGUGUUGGACAACCUGGAUCGCAAGGACGUGGGUCCAACCAGGGGGCAUGUUCAGCUGAUAAUGGAGCGGCUUCUUCGUCGGGUUAACCGCACUGUCAUCAGCAUGGACAAAUCCUCACCACUCAUUGGCCACUAUCUAGCCUGCAUGACGGCCAUCCUGAAGCAAAUGGAUGACAUGCAUUACGGCCACUACAUCAGCACCUUCAAGACGAGACAGGAUAUCAUUGAUUUCCUGAUGGAGACAUUCAUCAUGUUUAAGGACCUAAUGGGAAAUGUGUUCCCGUCUGACUGGAUGAUCAUGAACCUGCUGCAGAUGCAGGUCUUUCUCAGAGCCAUCAACCAGUACUCUGACGUCCUCAACAUGUAUUUCCUGGACCAGAUGCAUUUUGAGCUACAGCUGUGGAAUAACUACUUUUAUUUGACCGUGGCGUUCCUCACCCACAAGUCACUGCAGUUGGAAUCCUUUUCUCAGGAGAAGCGAAACAAGAUACUGAACAAAUACGGAGACAUGAGAAAGGCUCUUGGCUUUAAGAUGAGAGAUAUGUGGUAUAAUCUUGGCCCCCACAAAAUGAGCUUCAUCCCCAACAUGGUGGGGCCCAUUCUAGAGGCCACGCUGGUGCCUGAGCCCGAGCUGAGGAAAGCAACCAUCCCCAUCUUCUUUGAUAUGAUGCAGUGUGAGCACAACUUCAGCUCCGGACACACAUUUGAAAUGUUUGAGAAUGAGCUGAUAACAAAAUUGGAUCAAGCGGUAGAAGGAGGCCGAGGGGAUGAGCAGUACAAAGUCCUGCUAGAGAAAACGUUACUGGAGCACUGCAGGCGCCACAGAUACCUGUCGUCGUCGGGAGAGGAGCUGGCUUUGUUGCUCAGCAGCCUGCUGGAGAAUCUCCUGGCGUACCGCACCAUCACACAUGAUGAAAGUCCUGAGCACCGCAUGAGCUGCACCGUCAACGUGCUGAAUUUCUACAAAGAAAAGAAGAGGGAGGACAUUUACAUUCGGUACUUGUACAAGCUUCGGGAUUUGCACCUGGACUGUGAGAAUUACACAGAGGCAGCCUACACUCUGCUGCUGCAUGCUGAGUUACUGGAGUGGUCUGACAAAACCUGCGCGCCCCAUCUGAUACCCCGAGAUGGGCAGCAUGUGUGGACGCAACAGGAGCUGAAAGAGAGGCUCUUCCAAGAGAUCAUAUGUUACCUGGACAAGGGCAAAAUGUGGGAAAAGGCCAUCGAGCUGGGGAAACAGCUGGCCAAGAUGCACGAGAGCUACAUGUUUGACUUUGUGGAGCUCAGCCAACUGCUGAAACAGCAAGCCCAGUUCUAUGAAAAUAUAAUGCAAGCCAUGCGACCUCAGCCAGAGUAUUUUGCUGUAGGAUAUUACGGCCUUGGAUUCCCCUCUUUCCUCAGGAACAAGGUCUUCAUCUACCGAGGCAAGGAGUACGAGUGGCUCGAGGACUUCAGCUUAAAGCUGCUGUCACAGUUCCCCAACGCAGUGCGGAUGACCAGCACAGCGCCCCCUGGGGACAACAUCAGCAACUCUCCAGGACAACAUAUCCAGUGCUUUACUGUCAAGCCAGUUCUCACUGUGCCGCACCAGUUUAAAGACAAGGGGGUUCCAGAGCAGAUAUUAAACUAUUACAGGACCAAUGAAGUGGACCAGUUCCAGUAUUCCAGGCCCUUCAGGAAAGGUGAAAAGGACCCAGACAAUGAAUUUGCUACCAUGUGGAUUGAGAGAACAACCUACAUUACCGCCUAUCGCUUCCCAGGAAUCCUGAAGUGGUUUGAAGUCAAAUCUGUCUCCAUGGAGGAGAUCAGUCCUUUGGAGAACGCCAUAGAAACCAUGGAGAUGGCCAAUGAAAAGCUGAGUAACCUUGUUCAGCAGCAAGCUUGUGAUCGCUCGCAGCCCGUCCACCCAUUGUCCAUGAUGCUCAGCGGCAUUGUUGACCCCGCUGUCAUGGGCGGCUUCUCUAACUAUGAAAAGGCGUUCUUUACUGACACCUACAUGCACGAGCACCCAGAGGACCAUGAGCGCAUUGAGGUUCUUAAACAUCUCAUUGCCCUGCAGAUCCCUCUUUUGGCAGACGGGAUUCGCAUCCAUGGGGAGAAGUCAACAGAGCAGCUGAAGCCUUUACACAACCGCCUGGUUACUUGCUUCCAGGACCUUCGGGAGAAAGUGGAGAAGCAUUAUGGCGUCAUAACCUUGCCCCGCUCGCUCACUGAGAGGAAGAAGAGUCGCGUGGGCUCCGUGGUGAUGCCCUACAUCCUGUCCUCUACCCUGCGUCGCAUGUCCACAGUGUCCACGCUCUCCAACGCCUCCUCGGGCCUCUCCAGCGGCUCCGCAUCCUCAGACGGACCCUCCCGCAUCUCUUCCCAAGACAGUUCCUUGUUGUCCCGUCCCAACGAUCGCAGGGCUUCAGUUUUAUCCCGCUCAGAGGAUGAUAACAGGAUCAGUAGGAAGAACCGGAAGGAGUGGAGUGUGAGCAAAUCCCAGGUCCUGCUGGAGAGGCAGUCGGAUGCAGACGAUACUCCUCCAGAGAAACAGCAGAGACCCAAGAGUUUACAAUUAGGAGACCGUCGGCUUACCCUCUCCCUGUUCCAAGGUGUUUCAUCGCAGCUCAGCCUGUCUAACCCUCUCAGCCCGCUUCCUGCGUCUCCACACACACCACGCAGCUCCAGUUACUCGUCGCUUCCCAGUGACAAUGACGGCAAUGCCGUUGACACCCCAGGGACCCCCCCACCCAUGCCUCCAAAGAAGCACCCGCACGAGAUUGACAACCCGCAUUUCUCCUCAGAGUUCACUCCUCCACUACCUAUGAAGAGUGAGAGCAAGCCUCCUCCUGCACCUCCUAAAAUGCGGAAGUCUAUGUUCCCGUCGUACAGCAUGGAGCACAGCCCCCAGCCCCAGUAAGGAUACACCUACACACAGGCCCCAAAGUCUCACUGAUGCUCUCAUCUGGCUGUGAUAAAAGCACACUUUAAUUUGCGGCACUGUUUAACACCGCCUCAUAGUACAGAUACAGGACUUGGGGAUGGAUGCUAGAUUUACGGUGGUUAAAAAAAAAAAAAAAAAAAAAUCUGACGCAAGCUGCUAAUAAUUCCACAUAGUCCUUUGUUCCAGGCGU